AUGUCUGGACGUGGCAAGGGUGGCAAGGGUCUCGGCAAGGGCGGCGCCAAGCGUCACCGCAAGAUCUUGCGCGACAACAUCCAGGGUAUCACCAAGCCCGCUAUCCGCCGUCUCGCUCGCCGUGGUGGUGUCAAGCGUAUCUCCGCCAUGAUCUACGAGGAGACCCGUGGUGUCUUGAAGACCUUCCUUGAGGGUGUCAUUCGUGACGCUGUCACCUACACUGAGCACGCCAAGCGCAAGACCGUCACUUCUCUCGACGUCGUCUACGCUCUCAAGCGCCAGGGCCGUACCCUCUACGGUUUCGGUGGUUAA